AAACGCUCUGCGCUGUUAAAAGCGUUGGAUGAUGCCGAUCUGUUUGCUCCUCCUUCAAAUUCUUCUGUUCCCUCGAACCCACGGAGUAGCCCUUGUCAGGGCUCUAGUACCUCUGCAUUUGCGUUGGCAUCACCCAAAAAGACUAUGACACCACUAUCCUCGGGAAACCUUGCUCAGGGAAAUGAUUUCGUAUCUUGCAGUGAUCCUCUUGCUAAUGCUCGAGCGGACGCCACGCAGACGCAACCUGUUAAUGCCAUACCUCGAGCUAAACAUGGCCGCGUGUCGACGUCCCCGUCUAAGCGCAGGCUAUUAAAAGGAUCGCCUACCAAGUCGGUGCCUCCGUCUCGGGUUUCCGCCAUUGCAAAACCGAUUCAGAGAGGAGCCUCGCCAUCGGUUUCAGACGGCACGCUACCGGAUGUAGACGAGGUGAUCAAGCAGGGACUGGCAAAGCGCUCUCAUACCGGUGAGAGGUUCUAUGUUAUGGCGGGUAUAUGCCAACGAGUUUCUCAUUGACCCUGCAGUGAUUGACCUGACAGGAGACGAUGACGAUGCACGGAGUGUU